AGAAAUAAAAAAAAGUCUCAAAAAAUAAAUUUUUAUGGGUUUCAUAUAUUAAAUAUUAAUAGUAAAGAUUUAUCUGAAAUCCCCCUUUACUCUUCAUCUUUUAUGGGUUUAUUUUAAAAAGUCUGUUAUGAAGGUGAAGGUCACAGCUGAUCUAUUUCCAAACACAGGAUGGAGGGCGGACACUGAGCAUCGACAGCUCGUCUUCACACUCGCAGCUCACCACAAUCCGACAUCACACGACACUAACAGGCUACAUGGCACGUCCAUACCCCGGACGGCGUCAGUAAAAGUCUCAGAUGUGUGGAAAUAUCCAACCAUGCUGUCGUAUAAAGAAUCAAUUGACGAGAUACCGACUUCAACGUCGAUAUACCCGACUCUCAAACCUGCGCUGUCGCCCAGCGUGGAGAUAAAUAUUACCAUUGUCUACAUCACUCUCUACGCGCUCUUGUUUCUCUUUGUGUAUGUACAGCUGUGGAUGAUAUGGUACUACAGGCACAAGCGAUUCAGUUAUCAGACAGUCUUCCUUUUUUGCUGUCUUGUGUGGUCUGGACUUAGAACCACGCUGUUUUCGUUUUACUUUGAAGACUGCGAGUUGGCCAAUGACUUGCCGAUAUCGUUGUACUGGCUGCUGUACUGCUUCCCGGUCUGUUUACAGUUCACUAUGCUGUGUCUACUCGUAUUAUUUUUUGCACAGGUUGUGUUCAAAGCAAAGGCAAAAUAUGAGCCAUCAAGAUACAAAAAACCCUUGCGAGUUUUAAUGGUGGCAGCUGUGGCGCUGUUUGUGGCCUCAAACGUGGCUUGUGCAGUGGUGAUCAGAGUUCACCAGAACCUGUACAAGUCAGUUCCAAUGUAUCUGCUGUACAUGAGAGUUGCCAUCAAUGAUUCUCUUUUCAUGAUGUUGGGCAUUGUCCUGGCAGUCUGCAUUUUUCGUGUGGCCAAGAUGUCUUCCUCAAGUUUGGUGUUAGAAGCCAAGGGCACCAGUGUCUGCCAAGCAGUGGUUGUGUCUACUCUUAUCGUCCUGCUUUUCACAUCACGGGCUGUCUACAACUUUAUUACCAUUUCUCCACUGUUGAAAAAAGAGCUGCCUGACUUUGGCUAUGACUGGGUCAAUGUUAGUGACCAGGCGGAUACAGUGAAAAAUCUGUCUCAGAGCUUUGCCUAUAUUUCAUUUGGCAUUGUGUUGUUUAUAUGGGAGGUUCUACCAAUUACUGUUGUUGUCCUUUUCUUCCGUGUCAAGCGACAGCAGACUGCUGCGGCUUUGACAGACUUCUCCUCAGGAAGCUACGGAUCCAAGGUAUUUUUCUUUGACAAUCCUAGGAGGUAUGAUAGUGAGGACGACCUGUCUCGAGUGGGAACAAGAAGCCCAUUAACAAGUGGCUACCACUCCAUCAACUAUUCUUCCUCUUCCCGUGGCACACCAAGGGGCACACCAAUCAUGCCUACAGGAAGUUUUCCAGGAAGCAUUUCUGGCUCUUCCUCAAGGACGGAUUAUGGAGCUAUUGUCCGAAGUGGCAACCUCACCAAUGUCAGUCGGUCCCCGCUACACACUUCAGUCCUUAUUCCACCCCCAAGAUCAGCUAGUGUGACCUUACCACCAGGUGUCGCUAUGAAUUCACCAUCAGAAGCACUCAUGGCAUCACGGCAUCAUGCAGUCAUGGCACUUCCAGAAAAUGCCAUCAUAAACCCCCCGACACGGGCCAUCCUAUCAGCACCCACUUUACAGCGACUGCCAAUCCAUGUUUAUUCCUCAUAGACACAUGCACUAAAUUGGCAAGAUGUUGGGUUGAACUCAGAAUUUAGCUGAAAUACAUAUAAGGAUGGUACUUUUAGACUGCCAUGAUAAUUUAGCUCCAUCUCAUUUUUGACUCCUGUCAUCAAUGAUACAAACUAGGUGGGGAAAUAUUUGUGACUUUAAGACAUUUUGUUUGUGGGCAUUCCAGAAGGUUUGUGAACUUUUUCAUUGUAAAGUAGCUCAGCAGUAUGAAGGAACAGUACCAUAAAACUCAAAAGCUGGGAAAAAAAGGGAACAUGUUAUGGGCCAGAAAGUUAACUUUACUGGCCAUCCUUCCCAACCUUUUUUCCCUGCGUUUCAUCAUACAUUGUAAUGGCUGCUGCUAUUAACCAUGACUCCUGUGGUAGGAAAUUGUAGUUUCAGUCAUGUCCUUGAUGUUGAAAACUGAAGUUUCUGCAGUUGUUUGCAUGCAGUCUUUGCAGGGCUCUGUUGCCUUUAUCACUAGUGAAUUGAAGAAUAAAUCAUGCACUGGAGAUGUUAUGACAAUGCCCAAUGCAUGAAAUCUAUUGUGAGAUGAGACAUUCUACAGUAGUUUAUUGUUUAGCAAUUUUUGUUUUUAAUUUUUAGCAUUUCUCUAUUAUUUAUAUAGUAAUAUGUAAUUUAAACAUUGAAAUUCAUAAAACAUUAAUUUCCUAGGUGUGUAAUGUAACAUGCUGGCAUAGCAUUGUCAUCAAACCAGAUGUUUCUGUUAUUUUACUUCAUUCAUUUCACAAGCUACUAACACUUCCUUCACUGUGAACUUCACAAGUUCCUGCCAUGGUAUACAAACAUAUUUUAAAUAUUUCAUAGUCUUUUGGUCCAAUUUAAUUGUUAUGAUAUAAGGAAGGUAGAUUAUAAAUAAAGAUUAUCAAAGUAUCCUGCUUAGAAUAAAAUGUUUCAUAAUGUCAUUAGCGGCUCCAGGUCUGCCUAAAGUUAUUUUCUAUAUUUUUGUGAGGACUAAUGACAAGUAUGUUGCGGCCGUAUGCUCCUCAUAGGAGCAACAAGGAAUAAACUAAUGACAAGUUACCUUUUUGGUGAACAGCCAGUUUUUUAAAAUUCUUUGAUUUGUACCAAGUGUGUUACCAAAGAGAACAUUUGGAGUAGUUUUUCUUUACCUAGCAGGAGCCAUCUUUAAGGAAUGGAGAGUCAGAUGCAGUUUUAUCUUUGAAGUCUUAGCAUCAGUAUAUUCAUAGGCAGUAAUAAUGUUAGAUGUCUGUUCAUUUGUAAUUUAUUUUUGUUUUACGUAGCACACAUCAGGCCAGUCAAAACAGUGAGAACUGUUUGUCCAUGGGUCAAAAAAGCUAUUCUUGUGACCUUACAGCCUUUGUGCUUUGGGUUGCUCUAACCAUUUAAGCUAUCUGCUGCCCAUGUUCAUGGGCGAUGCUGCUUGAUAAUGACUUACCAAUCUUGAUGUGAAGGUAUUGGAAUACAAGGGUGAAGAUACUGUAAAAAUGAUGGCAUUUUGUAUAUAGACACAGAAUUAGGGUGUUUCUGUGUGCAUGGACUCAUGCCUCAAUGAUGCCCACGUGUACGGCUGUAAUAAUGGAUUACAUGUAAGUCUAUUCAUGAAAUGUGCACUGAUUACUUUUUGGCCAAUCAAAAUGGAACAAAGGCAGAGGCUGUGAUAUGUACUGUUUUGUACAGCCUUGAGACACCUAAUAAUCUGUGUUCAUUUAUCAGUAUUGUUUUUUUUUCCAAAGAUAUUUGACCAUACUAAAGAAAAUGGCUGGUUUCUUAUGAAUUUUAUUUCAGCCAACAGUGUCUGUCACCCUUCUGCAUGUCGUGGUGUACAAAUCAAAUUCAUAAUUUGCAGAAGACUUCUCUGUAAUUUCUGACACCACUGCGGACAUGGUAACAAGACAAUAAUACAGGGAAAAAUAGUUUUGACUUGUUUCCAUGUUGGUGCAGUAUCAUGGCAAUUCUGCACUAGUGAAAUUAAAAUUUGUUUCCUCCAUUAUGUAAGGAUUGGGCAGGUGUGCAUAUAUUGAUAGAUUUAUGUUGAUGGGGUAAGUUUGUGUUUUCUGUCUGGAUGACAGGUGUAAGAGUGCACUGGUAUGUGUCUAACCAGAUACAUUUGUGUGGAUAUGUCCAUUUGGGCUUGUCUCAUCACAGAACAUUUUAAGAGAGGCAGCUGAUGAAUAUUUAAAUAGUACAUGGCUGUUAAGAUACAGAAUCAGAGGAUUAGUUUUAUAAGAACCAGGAAGGAGUCACUGAACAGUGCAAAGAUUUUAUAUAUAUCUAAUGUAUUUUUAAAAUAUUUCAUAACACAAGAUUGAUCAACACAAGAUUGAUCUACAGUCAUGAAAUUAUGUAUGUCACAUUGUUCAUUCUUCCAAGUUGUAUGUCACAUCUGUUGAAAAUUUUAUGAGAUAACAUUCCUUGAAAGGUGAAAUCAUCCACAUUAUUGGUUUCAUAUAAUAUUGCAUCUAGUCCUAAUUACUUGUUUCAAACUUUGUUACACCAGCUAAAUAUGCCAAGUACUCGUAACUUUUUUUUUUUUUUGAGUUCUGACACAAGUGCAUGCCAAAUACUCAUUUCUAUGUUUAUCUCUUAUGAGGGACAUAGAAACAAACUGUGUAAGUGAGCAUUUCAGGUUUUAUUUUUAAAUAGACACUCCCCCCCCCCCCCCCCCCCCCCCCGCAGAAACUUUUUUGCUUUGUUAGCAAUUUGAUCAGCAUAGUGAUUUUUUUGUGUGGAUUACUAGUUUAGAUGAUAGGGUCAUUGAUGUGUGGUGGUAUUUCAGCUGGCUUGCUGUUUUACUAAUCAACAGGGACCAUUAAGAAAUAAGUGACGGCUUUGUUCAAAAAUCUGUUCUUUUGUCAUAAAAAGCACAAAAGUGUAUAGCUGUUGUAGCAUGUUGAAUUGGUAAUGUGAUCGAGAAUGUCUCAAUGCUGGCAGAACAAAGGGUGGGUAUUCUUUGCAAAAUUAAAUGUCUUAAAGGCAAAGAAGAUUGCAACCAAAGACAUGGAAGCCUGUGAUGAUCUACUUGAAGGAGUUUGUUGUCAUGUGUUUUAAUAAUACCUAUUUAUGUCAGGUUUAUGCAGUCUUACACAUAGAAGAAAAAUAUGAAUAGAUUUGUCUUAAGUUUCUGAAAAUCCAGUUCCCGGUCUACCUUUGUUGUUGUGAUUGCCACUUCCAUCCAUGUUUUGUCAAGGGACCAAAUACCAGAUUUUCGUAGCAUACUAAUUUUAACAAAUGAGUGAAGUGAAUGUUAUGCUGUAGGAAAUUGAAUGCUUUUAAUGUCAUUUACAUUCUUUUAUAUAGAUCGGUGGUACCACUAUUCACAAAUUUCAACUUGUCAGAAAUCAAGGGGCACAGUGUGCGUCAGUCAAAGAAAAUAAAAAGCUUGUGAUAUACUACAGGUUAAACUGUAACUAGCUUGCUGUUGAUCUGUACCAGGCUGGCAUUGACAGUAAUUGGAGAAGUAAUGAAACUGAGUUUUCUAGAAGGAAAUAAGCUUUGGUGAUGGUAACAGUGCUUUCUAGAAUGCAUUUAUGAGACUGCAUCUAUUCUGUAGGCUGGAAUGUUACAAUAAUUAUCAAUACAAUACCUGUUUUGACUUGUCAUUUAGCAGUACAUGAAUUCACAAGCAAAUAAGGAAAACAGAAAAGUGAUGUUCUAAAUUUGGUUUAACAAGCAACAGUCAUAUUGAUCGAACAUGUACACAUGUGCAUGCAGGCAACACUGACAAAAAUAACCCCACUGCCAGCAGUCCAAGGACAAACACUUGCAACUGUACAGCUGUGAUCUGUCACAAUGUCAAAAAUUGGUAGAGCUGCAGAAAGUAUUAUAGCUAGUGUAAGAAAAAUAUUCUUAAAACAGUCAAGUGCAGGGACCAGACUAUUCCACAAUGGUAAACAGAACACUGUACAAAUAGUGCUCAUUAGCAUUUCAAAAAAAUGCACUCAGAAACAUGAAGAUAAGCUAUACAUCAUGAAUCUGUCAUAUCUCCAACUGUACCAGAAAUCUUACAUGCAUGUUGGUAAGCGAAUUUGACAUGAAUUUGGAUCUUAGUCAAAUUAUUAACUAAAUAAAGGUUAAAUUAUGGUGCAUCUUAAAUGCUCACAAAUUGUAAUGCCUAGUUCUUUAUAAAACCCAAUAAAAAUUGAAAAAACUGAAAA